CUGGGCCGGGUGGCGGGGUCACGUGACGCCCCAUUCGUUCGUACCGGGGCCGCGCGGUUUCGCGCUCCGCUCGCUCACCGAGACCGCAACACACAAACCCACACACACACACAAAUAAACACAACAGACACAUACAACAACAAAACACACACACACACACAAACCUCACCAGGUACACAACGCACAACACCCCCGGGCUCUCACGCGCGGCGGAGCAGAGAACAUGACGCGCAGGAAGCGCUCGGGGGAACACACGGUGGAGGAGCUGGAGUCGGCGGUGGAGCAAGGCACCUGGGAGAGUGACUUGCAGCCCCGGCGCACCUCCGCCCGUCUCACCCGCGCCGCCUCCAUGCAUGCAGACAUCAUCUUCCACUGCGCAGAAGACUCUGCAUACACGACACGGCGCUCAGUCCGCACCCAGCAGAAUGGCACUCCUAAAAAAUACCCUUUGAGAGGGACGCGCUCACUCUCUGAGUCAGAUCUGCCUGCAGAGCCCCCUCCAGAAUUGAAAACUCCCGUGGAGAGGGAGCAAACGCCUCCGCGCACACCAGAGGAGAUCGCUGGCCUCUCCGAGUCGGAGGUGGAGGCAGCGAGUCCUGGCCAGGACUUUGCAGACCGAGGCACGCCGUACCACGAGCUCACCGGCCAUCUCACCAACCGGCCCAAGCGCAGGCGAUACCACGAGAGCUACAACUUCAACUCCAAGUGUCCCACCCCGGGAUGCGACUCCCUCGGUCACCUCACAGGGAAACAUGAGCGACACUUCUCCAUUUCAGGGUGUCCCCUGUACCACAACCUCUCUGCCGAAGAGUGCAAGUUGAGGGCUCAGCAACGUGAAAAGCAGGAGAGAACUCUAGCACACAAGCAACUGGAAAACAACCGCCACUUCACGAGGCAGCAGGCAUCGCCAAGCAAGCAGCAGCGCUUCAAGGAGAAAGUAGUUGAGCUGCGCAAGCGUCGCUCAAUUCCUCCGGCUGAGCAGAAGGAGAAAAUAGUGGAAAAUCCACGAAGUCAAGAAAAUAGCCGAGAACCCCUUUUGCAGGGCCUCACCUCGGACUACGACCUGGAACUGUUCCGCAAGGCCCAAGCACGGGCGUCGGAUGACUUGAUGACUGUGCCUGUUCAGGAGAAGAUGCGGCUAAAGGGUCACCUUACGGAGGGGACAAACAUGAUCAAGUCAAUAAUGUUUGGCCGCUACGAACUAGACACAUGGUACCACUCGCCAUACCCUGAAGAAUAUGCACGCCUGGGCCGGCUUUACGUGUGCGAGUUCUGCCUCAAAUACAUGAAGAGCCAGACCAUUCUACGGAGGCACACGGAGAAGUGUGUAUGGAAGCACCCCCCUGGAGAUGAAAUCUACAGGAAGGGAACCAUUUCAGUGUUUGAGGUGGAUGGCAAGAAGAAUAAGAUCUACUGCCAAAAUUUAUGUCUCCUGGCCAAGCUUUUCCUCGACCACAAGACACUCUACUAUGAUGUGGAGCCCUUCCUUUUCUAUGUAAUGACGGAGGGUGACAACACAGGCUGCCACAUCAUAGGAUACUUUUCAAAGGAAAAAAACUCGUUCUUGAACUACAAUGUGUCCUGCAUCCUGACAAUGCCACAGUUUAUGAGGCAGGGCUAUGGAAAAAUGUUGAUUGAUUUCAGCUAUCUGUUGUCCAAGGAGGAGAAUAAGAUCGGUUCACCUGAGAGGCCCCUUUCCGACUUGGGCCUCAUCAGUUAUCGAAGCUACUGGAAGGAGGUGCUGCUGCGAUAUCUCCACGCUUUCCAGGGCAAGGAGAUCUCAAUUAAAGAAAUUAGCCAGGACACGGCAGUGAACCCCGUGGACAUUGUGAACACGUUACAAGCCCUGCAGAUGCUCAAGUACUGGAAAGGAAAGCAUCUUGUGCUCAAAAGACAGGAUGUCAUUGAUGACUUUUUGGAAAAAGAAGCCUCAAAACCAGUCUCAAACAAAGUAAUCGACCCUGCAAGUCUAAAAUGGACACCUUCAAAGUGCAGCUAAUUUAUGUUUUUUUUACGCCAAUGCAUUGUAGUUUGAAAUUAUUUUACUUAGUUUUUAGUGGUGAGCAUUUCAGAUUGGUUUCUUAACAAGCAUUCUUUUUUUACGCACAGUUGUAUUUUUUAAGUUUAACGAAUUGGUGAUAUGUAUUCAUACGGUUUGGGUAAUAUUGGUUGUGGUUUGUUUUAAUUACAUGCCUUGAAAUAUUUUCGUUUUUUUUGUUUACUUGAACUUAUUAAUGUUAUUAAUUUUUUUUUACAAGUAUCCAACAUGUAUUAUACUGUAUUCCCUUGAAAAGUUAAUGUUCCUUCUACCGAGGCUUUAAAAAAAUUGGUCCAUUGGCAGGUUCAGUUAUUACUGUACUUUCACCUCAGAGACAUUAACUGUCAUAAUGUUAGAUGGAAACACUGACUGCAUUCUGUGGAUUGAAAACAGUGUUAAACUCUUGGUAAAAAAUUGUCUGCAAAAAAACUAAGACCAUUUUAAUUUAAACGUUAUCGUGCAAAACAUGUCCGAGUCAAAAAAUACCUAUAUUUAAUAGCCUUUUUCAAAGGCUAAUGUGGGACAUAAAACUUGCCUUAAGUCACAUUAAUUCUUAAACAUUUUUAACCAAAUUACAUGUGUUAUGGUGAUAAACCACAACUGCCAAACUUUAGAACACUGGUGUGCUGGCUGUAACAUUUAUUUUUUAAAAUGUUUGUAAAGUUUGAAGACUGAAAUUUAGGUGUAAUAAAUUUCUCCAGUUUAAAAGUGAUAGCUGUUAUUUGCGUAAUCUGGACAGAACAAAGCACAUCACUCAGGCAUUGCAAAGUGGUUUGGCAAAUGUUGAGUUGUGUGAGCCAGUAUUGAUGUCUGGUGUUCGGAACUGGCAUCUUUAAUCUCUUGCAUUAAACAUUGAGUGGACAAACACACGCUGUCAAGUCCCAUGCAUACGUUUUAUGUGGAGUAGAGAGAAAAAAACGUGUAGAUUUGAAGUGUACAUAAGGCAGUUCCUCUGUAUUUAAAUUAUAAGUGUAUUUUUCAGGCAGCUAUGAAAUAUUGUGGGUUGCUGUGUAGCGCUUACACAAAAAUAAAAUCCUCGCGUUCUUUUUUUGUCGUUGCAAAAUGCAGAGAAGCAGCUGCUUUAUGCAUACUUCCUUGACUAACAAAUCAGGACGGUGACUCACUGUCAAAAUGAAAUACUACUUCACAAACGCACAGACAGGAAACAAUGUAACACUGCCUUCCCAUGGCAGAGACAGAAUGCGUUUGCCGUUAAGGAUUCUACAGCUGUAAACUCGCCCAAGCAUCAAAAUGAGUGACCUCGACAGUAGGGCAAGCAUUAAAACAGUUGCCAAGCAGGUUUUUUUCAUCAAAUUUUUUUCUAUGGAAAAGACCUUGUAUUCAGCUGCUAUAUAUAUCCGAUAUAUUCGCAGGUUGUACUCUGUGUUGUUUGGCAUGAAAUCUGAAACUUUGCUGCACGUGCUGGGAGCUUCUACAGGAACGCCUGAAGAAAAAUCUUCCAGCACAUGGAGCGAAGCAUCGGACAUCGUACCAAGCGACGCACGACACCACCUGGAAAUGCAUUGGAGAGUAACAAGCAACACCCUGAUAAAAUACACAGUCGUAUUGAACUACUGCAGUUGGUUACUUUAAAUAUGGAACAGCUCAUCACUCGUUCUGUUUUGAAUAUGAUCCCGGGAUGUGUGCCGUUGUCUUACAAGGAACACUACACGUCUACCAAACCAUGAGCUUCAUAGCUCAUCGGAUUCCUCCAAACUAAAUAAAGAUUCUGAUUGUUCGAUGUGUUUUAUGGUUAUAUCGUGUUUGGCGUGAUGUCCAAAAUGCUCCACGUGCUGGGAACUUCAUAAGCGUCGAACAUCAUGCCGAAUUAAAAUCGGUACAACCUGAAAACACAUUGGCGUUCUGUACAGCACAAACACGAAAACCUACGCGGAAGUCCUACCAUGGAUGUUUGCCAUGUCCUGCACUUGUACAUCACUGAUUAUAUGAUCUGCUACCUUACUGUAUAAAGCAAUGCCACUUGGUGAAGGAGAUUAAAGGACACUUCAUGACAAUUGCAUUGGUUUAGUUUGGAGAAAUAUCAACCAGUGGUCUGUUGUGAUUUGUUUUGCACGCAUACAUAUUCGGAGGGUGGAAAACUUUUUUUAUUUGCAUUAACAGACAUGCAAAGAUUGAAAGUUUUCAUAAACCAUUACACUGUCAGGCGAUGCAAUUAAAUUGGGUGACGAUAUAAAAGAAAAACGCCAAUCACUGCUUUUGCAAUGACUGCUAAAAACAGCAGCAACCUUGCUGUAUUGAACCAGUGUAGACUGCGGUAAAUAGUAAAUGGGCUGUAAUAUCGGCAUUACCUGAUGAGACAUGGCGGGUGGCUGAACAGCUGUUGCCUGCAUCUGUUGCUUGUGAUGCCAUGGCCCCAAGGCCACCUUGUAUGCCACCCAAGGGAGAAUCCCUUGUGCGCCAGGCCUUGCCCAACUCGAUGAUAGACGAGGGACAAUGUAUGCCCAUUUACACUGCUUUGUGCAUGGGAUUAUGCAAAGGUGUGUUGGACUUCAGAUUGUACUAAAUGUGCAUUGUACAAUAAGAAAGUUAACCUCUAUUAGAAUUAACUGGACGUAUGGUUUAUCAUCCUAUGGUAUGUUUUAGCUUUUUUGUUGUAUAAUGCUUGUUUUAUUUAAAUGCCAUGACAUAGAGCUGCAUAACAACCUUAUGGGUUAGCGAUGAUGGUGGCUGCCCAAGUCACAAAGCCGCGAGUGCUUAAAGUUUUGUGAAUGUCAGAAAACGUAACAGUUUUUUUUACCCAAUUUUACAGAUACGUCAAUGCAUGAUUAUGCUGGCAAACCCACAUACACACGAAUCACAUGACAGUAAAUAACAGAGUUAUGUCAUGAAUAUUACUUUCAAGGGAUUCAACAUUCUUUGUUUAGGCUGUGCCUGCAUUAAACAAUGAUUAAUCCACAUGCGCGACUUGAGCGCUCAGUCCUUCAUUAUUUUUGAUUACCUGGUGACUGAAUUAUCCAUCUGAUAGUUUUCACACACUGAUAGGAGGUAAGCAUGGUGACACAGUGGUAAAACUUGUGCCUCAGCAAGAAGGACCUGAGUUUGAUUCCCAACUUUCUGUGUGGAGUUUGUGUGGUCUCUCCUGUUCGGAAAGGGAUUCUUCUCGGUUAUCCAAUGCUAUUUACUAGUCUUUAUUCUCAUACAGUGCCGAGAAAACGUUUAUAUACAUCGCAUGGAAAUUACUCAAUUUGGAUUACUGAGUAACGUAGCCACCUAAUCCAAAAGCGUGGCAAGGCCUUUCGAAAAGGAGUUAAGUGAAGCCUGCAUCGGUAAAUAAGCACAAAAAGAAAGUGAUGCAGCUUGUCAAUAAUGAUAUGUAUUAAGUUGUGCAGCCCAUCGACAUUGUAACUGUAAAGUUUAACCACAACUUGUGGUUUCCUCAUACGAAGAAGUGUGGUGCUUCGCGGUGUAAAAUGUCACUCGCUGUUGUUCCCCCGAAUAUUCGACUGCUAAUGAACUUUAAUGUAAAUAUGUUCGCUUCCAAAGCGAGUGUCGGACGGAUGUUAUUGAUGAAGCUUUAAGUUGGAAACGCUGACGACGAAUUGAUUCCAAAUGUAAAAGUGUUCAAUUAUUUCAAACAUCGUACAUUAAAGUAUCGUUACGUGCA